AUGAAAAUCCAAUUCGUAACCGCUAUAGCCUCUUGGGCACUCUCAGUGGCAGCCCUCAACCCCAAAUGUGCCCCCGGUGGCAACUUCGACCUGAGCCCAUGGCAGCUCCAACUCCCGACGGGCAGCUCAGGCAAACCCACCACAAUCCCCAGCUCCCAACUCACCGGCUGCGACGGCUAUGAAGACUUCUCCACCUUCUUCACCGAAACCAAGGACGGCGCCCUCGUGAUGAAAGUCUGCGGUUCUCCCUCCUCCUGCGGAUGCGUGACCACUCCUAACAGCAAACACUGCCGUACCGAACUCCGCGAGAAUGAUUCUUGGUCUCCGGAUGAUGAUACGAAUCGAUUGCGUGUGACGCUGUCCGUGCCGACGCCGGAUGAUAGCAAGUAUGGCACUGUCAUCGGACAGAUCCACAUUGACGACUCGAUCUCGAGCAAACCAGUCGCUGAGCUGUACUACAGCCAAUCCGGGGACUUGCACAUGGGAGUGGAGCAGACACGAUCCGGCGGGAACGAGGUCUUCACGAAAGUCGGGAAUGUAGGCGUUGGGAAGCAGUUCCCCUACGAGAUUCGUUACGAGGGCGGGAGAUUGAGUGUGAGCGUUAAUGGAGGGGCGCAGCAGGGGCUUUCGACGUACUCUUUGAAUUCUCCGGAGAGCUACUUCAAGGUGGGGAAUAAUAAUCAGGGGGAUGAUGCUUCUGAUGUGCAUUUCUUGGCUGUUGAGGUGCAGCAUUAG